UUCAGAUCGAGGACUUCCGAAGCCUGGAAAAGAUUUCAAGAGAAGUCAAGUCCAUCACAGUUAUUGGUGGUGGUUUCCUUGGCAGUGAGCUUGCCUGUGCCCUGGGAAGAAGAGCACGUACCCGAGGCCUGGAGGUGAUCCAGCUGUUUCCGGAGAAUGGCAACAUGGGCAAAGUCCUGCCUGAAUACCUGAGCAACUGGACCACGGAGAAAGUCAGAAGAGAGGGGGUCAAUGUCCUGCCCAAUGCCGUGGUCAAGUCUGUCUCUGUCUCUGGCAACCGGCUGGUGAUUAAACUGAAGGAUGGCCGGAAGGUGGAGACGGAUCACAUUGUGGCUGCAGUGGGGCUGGAGCCUAACGUGGAAUUGGCCAAGUCAGCGGGGCUGGAGGUGGACUCGGACUUCGGGGGGUUCCGGGUAAACGCGGAGCUGCAGGCACGCUCCAACAUCUGGGUGGCAGGGGAUGCUGCCUGCUUCUACGACAUCAAACUGGGCCGGAGACGUGUGGAGCACCACGAUCACGCGGUGGUGAGCGGGAGACUGGCUGGAGAAAACAUGACCGGAGCUGCAAAGCCCUACUGGCACCAGUCCAUGUUCUGGAGCGAUCUGGGCCCAAAUGUAGGGUAUGAAGCCAUUGGCCUUGUGGACAGCAGUUUGCCAACAGUUGGAGUCUUCGCGAAAGCAACAGCGAAGGACACACCAAAAAGUGCAACAGAGCAGUCAGGGACAGGAAUUCGAUCUGAGAGCGAAACGGAAGCAGAAGCCUCAGAAGUUCACAUCUCUCAAAGCUCUUCACCAACGCCUCAAGUCCCAAAGCAAGGAGAAGAUUACGGCAAAGGUGUCAUUUUCUACCUCAGGGAUAAAGUUGUAGUGGGAAUCGUGUUGUGGAACAUCUUCAACAGGAUGCCCAUUGCUCGGAAGAUCAUCAAAGACGGGGAGGAGCAUGAGGACCUCAACGAAGUAGCAAAGCUCUUCAACAUCCAUGAAGACUGAACUCCGCAAUGGGAACAUGGCACUAGGAGUGAGGGGACCACUGGCUGUGUGCACCCCUUCACCUUGGACAGCUUCCUUGGAGCACUUGGGAAUAUUCCACUCACCUGAGCCCAGUGUUUGCACCAAUAAAGUCAGAUUGUUCUA